CUAAUAUUUCCAUUUCAAGUUGAUUACAAUAUGCUUCAAGUCAUGCAGAAAAAUAAGUGGUUUUUUUCUAUAGUUAGUGCUAAAAUCUUUCUUCUGUGAAACAAUUAUUAAAUUUUAUUCUAGGGUGUAAAAAAUCUCAACAGCUGCAAGAUGAGAAUAAUUUUAUUUUGUGAAUAAAUGUUCAAAUAUAUUUUCUAAUGUUAAAGGGCGAAAUCCAGUGCUUUGCAUUAACAAUGUAUUCAAUAGGUCAUGUAAUAUUUACUCUAUUUUGACAAUGUGAUGUUAAAUCCUCUCUCAUUUAAUAGUGUUUUAUGAAUAAUUUUAUUGACAAUUACGAAUUUUCAGGGCCAGGGUCAUAUGACCUAUGUGCGCAGACGUGACGUGUACCGAGCCGGAACAAAGACUCGAUUACAUGGGACACCAUUUAUGCUCAGCGCUGAUUUCUCGGAUUAAUCCUCACCUGAUGAAGAAAUAGCAGUAUCGGCUGAUCGGGAAGACGGAGGAAUACUUCCAUACACAGCCGUGAGCGGUGCCGCUCACACCGCCACGGGCCGCGUAACUAGUUAGUAUGCAUAAGUCUCGUUCAUUAUUGGAAUUGACCAGGACCCGGCGCAGCGGCGCUGCGUGAUUGAGCUCUUCACCGGCAGGCCGGUCCCGAGCCUGCGCGCGUCUGGGUUUCAGGCGGGAGGUGUCAGAAAAGUUACCACAGGGAUAACUGGCUUGUGGCAGGCAAGCGUUCGUAGCGACGUCGCUUUUUGAUCCUUUGAUGUCGGCUCCAAAAAGGCGUGAGUAACACGUGUUAAUGCGGAAGUCAGACAGUUGCUGGCUCCAGUACAGCCGUGAGCUGUGUGUUAAAAAAAUAGCAGUCUGCCGUGAACUUAACAAACUCAACAUUAUUUUGUACAAUUUUUUGUGUCUAGGAUUUAGCAAUCCUUUGACUCACUACAUUAAUAUUAUAGUGUAUGACCACGUUUUUUUUUUUUUUUUUAAUAUAACUGCUUCAAAGUCGAUGUUCAGAACUGUGGAAACUACAGAGGAAUAAAUUAAACUUCAUUAGUUAUGGGGAAGAGUAGUGGAUGCUACACUCAGGUCAGAAGAAGUCACGUCAGGAGCGAAUGUCCCAGAAGCGGCAGCACUUCUUGCCGAAGAUGCAUAAAUGGAACCUACAUGAAUAUCCCAACGGGCCUUAAAUAUUGCUUUCCAUGCAGAAACUGCAGUCCAGGAUCUGGUCUGGGGAUAAAGAGGGGGUGUACCAAGAUCUCAGAUGCAGUUUGUGAACCACUUGCCGGGUUCUUCUGUGUCGACCCUGUUGAGGAUGGCUGUCUCGAAGCACGGAAACACAAACAGUGUCGACCAGGACAAUACAUCAGUCUAAAAGGGACACCCUUUAAUGACACUAUAUGUUCAGAGUGCAUUGGGGGAACCUUUUCAAAUGGAACAGCUACAGUUUGUCAGCCACACAAAAUAUGUGAGUCCAAUAUUCUUCUGAUUAAACCUGGAACUGCUUCAACUGAUGCUGAAUGUGGAAAAGAUCGUUUACGUCUCUGGAUUGUCGCUACGAUUUUGUGGGGUUGUGUUGUUGUAGCUUUACUUGUUAGCCAGAAACCUAAAAACAUGUUAUGCAAAGCGUAAACAUGUGUACGUGUGUAGUGUGUACAUAUAUUGCUAAACAUAUUAAAACAUAUGCUUUCA